UACAUUCAUGAACACACGACUUAAAAUAUCAACACUAAACUUUGUCGUGCCUGACGACCUCUCAUGGCUGUCGAACGUCUCAUCUGAAAACGAAAUCUGGACGCUGAUUGAUUCCAUUUCCAUUUCCAUGGACACUGAGAAUCCUCUCCGUAUUGGGAACUCACCUAGUUUUGUCUGGUCGGAUCCAUGGCUCAACACGGUCCGCGACUGGUCGUCCCAAUCGACGUGAACAAGAAGCCUCGGGAACAGGAGCUUCCCCUCCACAACCGAUGGCACCCGGAGAUCCCGCCGGUCGCGGAGGUCGCCGCCGGCGAGGUCUUCAGAGUUGAAAUGGUGGAUUUCAGCGGCGGCGGUAUUACCAAGGAAUUCACCGCCCAUGACAUCAAACACGCCGAUCCUUAUAUCGUUCAUUAUCUCAGUGGGCCUAUCAGAAUAUUGGACAAGGAUGGAGCUGCAGCCAAGCCAGGGGAUCUUCUGGCGGUUGAGAUCUGCAACUUGGGUCCACUUCCAGGAGAUGAAUGGGGUUACACAGCCACAUUCGAUCGAGAGAAUGGCGGCGGUUUUCUGACCGACCAUUUUCCUUGUGCAACCAAAGCUAUUUGGUAUUUUGAAGGAAUAUAUGCUUACUCUCCUCAAAUACCAGGAGUAAGAUUUCCGGGUUUAACUCACCCGGGAAUAAUUGGAACAGCGCCAUCAAUGGAACUCCUCAAUAUAUGGAAUGACAGGGAGAGAGAGCUGGUUGAGAAUGGACUCGAGUCUCUGAAACUAUGUGAAGUCUUGCAUCAACGACCAUUGGCCAACUUACCAACAACAAAAGGUUGUGUCCUCGGAAAGAUCAAAGAGGGCACUCCUGAAUGGGAGAAGAUAGCUCAGGAGGCUGCAAGGACGAUACCGGGGAGAGAAAAUGGUGGAAACUGCGACAUAAAAAACCUUAGUAGAGGAUCAAAGAUAUACCUUCCUGUAUUUGUAGAAGGAGGAAAUCUCAGUACUGGUGAUAUGCACUUCUCUCAGGGCGAUGGUGAAGUCUCAUUCUGUGGGGCAAUUGAGAUGAGUGGCUUUCUGGAUCUCAAAUGUGAGAUUAUAAGGGAUGGAAUGAAAGAGUAUCUGACGCCAAUGGGGCCAACUCCUCUUCAUGUGAACCCAAUAUUUGAGAUAGGACCUGUUGAACCAAGAUUCUCAGAAUGGCUGGUAUUUGAGGGUAUAAGUGUUGAUGAGAGCGGGAGGCAGCACUAUCUCGACGCAACCGUUGCUUACAAGCGUGCAGUACUUAAUGCCAUUGACUACCUCUCCAAAUUUGGAUAUUCCAAAGAACAGGUCUACCUUCUGUUAUCCUGCUGCCCAUGUGAAGGGAGGAUUUCUGGUAUAGUCGAUUCCCCCAAUGCUGUGGCAACUCUGGCAAUUCCAACUGCAAUAUUUGAUCAGGAUAUUCGUCCAAAAGCCGGCAAAGUGCCAGUUGGACCCCGGCUAGUGAGGAAACCGGACGUCCUGAAAUGUAGUUACGAUGGAAAUUUGCCCACAACUAAGAACCCUUGCUCUAGCUCCACAAUCUGAAUAUCACCAAGGGCACUGAAUAAACAAAGCAUGUACUUCCCAUUGUGUUCCAUGAACUCUUAGGACUUGUGUAUUUAAUUCUUUGACAAAAAGUGGUGCUGAUAUGGUGUUGGAUAUCAUCUUGUCUCUCGAUGAGCAAUUGAAAAACAGAGUACUAGUGGCAGACCAUAUGAUUGUUAUGUGGA